UCCCGGAAGUUGUCCACGGUGUGGGGUUUUGACUAGGGAUACAGCUAUCUCUACUUUUGGCACGCUGAAAAACAGUUGAUUAAUGUUUUUUAUUGUAAGGUUAGGUUUAGGGUUAGGAUAGAUGUUAGUUAAUGUAACUUAUUGUAAUUACAUGGAGAGAUUUUGCACCACUUCUGGCCGUAGCUGUCUCCACGGUAGUGUGGUGUUUUGGCUAGAACGGACACUGCGCCCUCUAUCUCCUCCGUCAUGCGUUCGCUACUUGGGCUGAUCGCUGUGAUAGUGACAAGUACAUUCUACCUUUACAUACUGUCAUCUUAUUUGCCCCCUGGACCUCAGCUACCUAAAUACAGUCAUGAAGAAAACACGGAGAAAUCUACUGGAGAUGACAACCAGCAAAGUGAAGAGACUUCAUCCUCCAGGUUGAAGUUCCCAUCAGACCUGGAAGAACUUAAGGAGAUGUCCCUGCUGUUGCAGUUUUAUAAGACAGAGCACACUGGAUAUGUGCUGUUACUCUUCUGCAGUGCCUACCUCUACAAGCAGGCUUUUGCCAUACCCGGUUCUUCUUUUUUAAACAUUUUGGCUGGGGCCUUGUUCGGGACAUGGUAUGGUCUUCUGCUGGCCUGUGUUCUCACUACAGUAGGUGCCACUCUUUGUUUUCUCUUGUCCCAAGCAUUUGGCAAACAGCACAUUGUGAGACUCUUCCCUGAUAAAGUGGCCAUGCUGCAAAAGAAGGUUGAAGAAAACCAAAGUAGUUUUUUUUUUUUCCUACUUUUCCUGAGAUUCUUUCCCAUGAGUCCAAACUGGUUCUUAAACAUGGCAUCCCCAAUACUGAACAUUCCUGUCACUCUCUUCUUCAUGGCUGUCUUCAUUGGCCUGAUGCCAUACAACUUCAUCUGUGUCCAGACUGGCUCAAUGCUGUCUGACAUCUCCUCUCUGGAUGACUUGUUCUCCUGGACUGUGGUGUUUCAGUUGCUUCUUAUUGCCUGUGUUGCACUGUUACCGGGAGCUCUCAUACGUAAAUACAGUAGCCAACAUCUUCACCUGCAUGGCCUCGAACCUAAUGGACUCAACCAAGACAAGAAGCACAAAUAAGAGACAGUGUGGGGUCAUUGUUUAGAGCCGCAUUAUGGGUGGCCAUCGUUUGCAUUCAAGAGAUUUAAAACUUCUAAAAUCUUUCUGUGGCCUCUUUUAAAGCUUUUAUUCAAUGAAAAUGGAAUUUACGUGUUGGCUGCUGUGCCAUUUA